AUGGCCCACGUCCUCUUCCUCCUUUCGAGCCAAGGUCACGAUCCUACAGAACUAUUCAUACCCGCACUCCAUUUUCUCAAAUGCGGGUUCUCACUAACGUUCGCGACGAACGACGGCGAGCCCGCACAGGCUGACCAGAAACUGCUCGAGCGUGGAUCGUUUGGCAGAGUAUGGGGCGCGUCGGAAGAAGGUCGAAUGGCAUAUGAACAGAUCUUGCAGUUGGAGGCAUUCCAGAAACCCGAUAGCUGGGGUUCAGAGCGGUUUAACGUACUGGACUACGGUACGCCGCCUUCUCAGACGAGCCUCUGGGCAGACGCGAUCAUCCUCCCAGGAGGACACGACAAGCCCAUCCGCGCAUUCCUCGAAUCCAAGACCCUCCAAGCCCACCUACGCACCUUCUGGCCCUUCCUCUCUCGCUCCUCGUCAGACCGACCCCGCGUAAUAGGCGCGAUAUGUCACGGUUCUCUAGCACUGGCAUUCACGGAACUCCCUUCUGGUCAGAGCGUGCUCCGUGGCGUGUGUUCGGCUACGCUUCCGAGGUGGAUGGAGCGCGCUGCUUGGUGGGGCUCGCAGUUCUGGGGCUUGGGAGGGUAUUAUAGGACUUAUGGACCGGAGGGACGGUGGUGCGCCGACGACAUCGUUGCUUCAGGAGCGAAGUACGUGCAAGGACCGUUGUCAACGAGUCCGUUCGUGUGCGUGGACCCAGAGUGGAGGUAUGUCAGUGCGAGGUUCCCGGGGGACGCGAAGCUUUUUGCCCAGAAGGUGGAGGAGGAAAUCAGGCUGGCUAUGGGAGAACGUUGA